AAGAGUAUUUGGACCCCAUCAAGAAAGGGCUCGCGUUGCCACCUGCUCUUUGUCUGCUAUUCCUUAUUUCAACGAUUCCUUUUGAGAGAAGGAAAUCAUGUUGGGUAACUAUGAGAAGGAGAUGCUACUCAUCUCUUCAACUCCUAACGAAUGGCCACAGAAUCAGCUGACAGAUGAUCAGAAGGGCAUGAUGGUUUCCAGGGUUAUGGACAAAGCACCGAAUCAAGAACCAAACCAAAACCAGAACCCACAACAAGCCCUAAAGUGCCCGAGAUGUGAUUCCUCAAACACAAAAUUCUGCUACUACAACAACUACAGCUUAACUCAACCAAGGCAUUUCUGCAAAGCCUGCAAGCGCUACUGGACCAGGGGGGGUACCCUAAGGAAUGUCCCAGUUGGUGGUGGGUGUAGAAAGAACAAAAGGGUGCUCAUCAAGAGAUCCUCCUCCUCCUCCUCCUCAUCCAUUGAUGCACAUGCACCCACUUCAUCAUCUCCUGCUCCUCCAACUUCAAACCCUAAUCAUCAUCAUCAGCUGCUUCAAAACCAUAUCAACAGCCCUUUGUUUUAUGGGUUACCCACUAACCCUACUGACCUCAUGACUCACCAUCAUCCAUACCCUAGUUUCAGUUCUAGGGUUUCAUCUCAUGGGUUCGAUCUUCAGGCCCAGUUGAAUGGCCUUGGACUAGGGUUUGACCCGAUUAAUAAGCCAACCCAGAACCCACUUCUCUCAAGCUAUUCCUUGUUUGGAUCUUCGACUAAUGGUUACCCAACAAUGGCUUCUUUGUUAGCUUCGAGCCUUCAACCGCAGAAAUUUAAAGAAGAAGCUAAUGGUGCUGCAAAUUUUCAAGGAGUGGUUCCCUAUGAAGAUGAUGUGCAAGCACAAAUGACAAGGAAAGAUAAUGGGGAAGUGAAAGUAGAGCAGGGCCCGAAAAAGCAGGAUUGGAAUAUGAUGAGUGUCUCUAAUUUUCAGAAUCAGAUUAUUGAGCAGGUCAGCAGCCAAACAGAUCCUUCAGUUUAUUGGAAUCAUGCUACAAGUUUUGGUGGUGGUGGUGGUGGUGCUAAUUGGCUAGAUCCUUCCCUUAAUGGGCCUUCAGCCCAUUCUCUGAUCUAGAAAAAAAUUCCAAAAGUCCGCCAAAUAUAUUUUCUUGAUCAUCGAAGUUCUAGUUCUCAUUUAUCUACUUAAUUAGAUUUCUUCUGUUGGGGCCUUAGUUUUCUCUUUUUAGUUAUUUCACGGCCACAGUGGUGACAGUGAGGAAUUAGGCCAAAAAGAAAAGGAGAGAGAAAAAUUUUCGCCGGUGAGAGAGGAGUUUGGAUCGGAGAGAUCAUGUCAGCUGCAGAAUUGAAGAUUUCAGCCGGUUUUUUUUUUUAGAAUUAAAGGUUGAGAAAAAUCAUUUGCUCUGAGAGGAACCUCCGAUCCUCCAUUGUCUCAUCAUCCCUGGGAUUCCACCAUCAUCAACUGCCGCGUUGAAGACUUGAAUAGAAGAACACGCAUGCUUGCCCGGACACUUGAUCGAGUAUCAAGCAGAGUUGAAUAGAAGAAAAUGGUGGAACUAGGUACAUGAUCUAGUAUGUAUUUAUUUCAUGAAAUUAUGUACUUCUGAUUAAUUUGUUUUAGGAUUUGGGGUUUUUUGUGUUUUGGGGUCUAAUUAAGAUAAGAAAGGGUUUGGGUAUAGUGGUAUAGAAGUGAGGGAGAUUUGCUAUAUUUCAACUUGGGUAUUCUCUCUAGUGUAUUAAUUAUUUGGUUGGUCGAGCUUAAUUAACUUUGUGGUUUUUGAUGCUAUUGAUGAUACAGAAUUACAUUGGUGUUAUU